UACUAGGUAGGGAUCCCUGCUAGGUAUGGGAGGUUACGCUCUGGGUUUGAGAGAGACUGGGUAGGUGGCAGAUCUGUGGUGUGCAAGCGAGUGGGUCAGGCAUAUGUGGAUUUUUCACUUUACGAUGGUAGGAUGGUGAAGCUGUACAGUUUCGCAGCUGCAGAGGUGCGAUCGUAUGCACAUAUAUAUACAGUUUUGUAGACGAAGCUCAUGACCUGUAUGAAGGCGUGUGCGGAUCGUCCAUCUACGCUCUUGUCUGGUAUUGCUUCUCUUCGUUUUCCUUUGGUUCUUCUGCCAGUGGAUGGUCUUUUCCAAAGGGGAAAGGAGAGAAAUGAUGAGAAGGGAGGUCGGUGGCGCGUUCGUGCUCACUCUAUGAGUGAGUCGACUGCGGGCAAUUGUUAUUACAUCCUAAUCAGGAAAGUACAGAGUGCUCCUCUUGCAGAGGGGCCUCUUACACGCAAUUUGCUGUCGGCAGCAAGCCGAUUGCCAAUUACAAAGCAACCGUACAAUAAUGGGAGGAAUCGAGCGGAGUCCUGGAGAGAGGACGGGCAUGGAGGAUGUCUCUUUGCUCAUUGGAAGGUCGGUCUCCGGUGCUCUCUUGCAUCGACGGCUAUGGUGGAUCCUCGGUUGGGUGGUGGCGGCCAUGACUUGUCUGGUUUGCCUGAUCUCAGUGCAACACGGUGGCAAUACUUCGCUGUAUCUCAGCCGGUACAAGCAAGGAGCCGCCGCCAAGGCUGUUGCUACGGCAUCAUCCACCGCUCAGGGAUUCGGUCACCGUCAGCUGGCUUCGAAGCAAGCCAACUCCUCGGCUCCUUCUCAGCCCACCGUUAGUCUACUUGAACCCCAUCCGUUUGCUGUUGGGAAUGGGCCCCCGGUUUCACCCGUUCUGAUGCAUCUGAUUCCGGGGAACAGCACUAAACCCCCCCCAAUCUACACAAUCGCCAGGCUAUCUCCCGACGCUUGCGCCUCUUAUAUCUCGAACAUGCUGUUCGAUCCUAGCGGCACCACGCUCUACUACAUACUGGAGGAGCGAUGUUCGAAAAAUGGAAACCCCGAGAACGCAGCACCGACUAGCGAGAGGCGUUCUUUCAGGAAAGCCAAUUUCAAUCUCGGGACGGAACGGGUGCCAACCAUAGUCCCGGGGGAUGGAAACGAUAGCUUGAUCAGCUAUUGGUGGACUGAUGACGGUCCGAAGAAUGCAUCCGCCGUGCUGUCUGCGUCAUCCGCCGUGCAGUCUGCGUCUGUGAAAAACCACACACAGAUGGUUUCGAUAGAUGGAGUGGAAUUGUCGAAAGAUGGGCAAUACCUCAUUGUGCUUUCCUCCAACGACAACAACCCACCAGGUUUGCACAUCCUGACGUCCGUAUCAACAGCAACAGGGGCUCGAACCUCCGUCUUGCUGAAUGAGCCGACGGCUUCCCUUCAAGGUUUGGCAUGGCGGCCGAACACGACGCAGCUGUGCAUGGUUAAUAACAACGAUAGCGCACCCUUGCUCGUUUGCGCACGUUUCGGACAAUCUGUCGGACAAUCGGGCCUGCCCAACGUCACGUCCUUGCAGACUACGGCUUCAGGCAACCAAUGGAAUGUGAGGGAUGGCAGCGGUGAGAUUACGUCGGCUAUGAUCGGCCCACUAAGCUUUGACAAGAACGGCGGCUUUCUCUUUUUCAUCAGUAGUGAGAAGGAGGUGUGGUCCUUCCGAACCAUCUGGAAUGGUUCUGAGUCCUCCUCCUCCUCCUCCACUUCCUCCUCCAGUGACGAGGGGAUCAGGUCCCUGCCCAGCGAUCCCCAUUGCUCUAAUGCCAGUCUAUCACGCAUCGCCUACGAAUAUCAAAGCAACUACAGCUUGGAUGACAAGUUCAGUUUCAACUACCUACAGGACCUCGUGGUGACCCCGGAUGGCUGCAACGUCUUCGUCACUGACAAGAGUUUUCUUCACUGGGUUCAAGUCGACUCUCCUUGCAGCAAAGCAGUGCGCGUCCAUAUCGUGGCCACUUAUCAGGGCAAAGGUCUACUCUCCGGCUUGACCCUUCGUCGUUCCGGCGGCAACCUUGCUCUCUGGGUGGGCGCAAGUAAUGGCGACAUAUUCGAACUGCCAAUCAACCAGUCCGCGCUCCACUCCUGCUCCUUUUCACCUCCUCCUCCUCCUCCUCCUCCUCCUCCUCCUCCAUCCAGUGCGACUCCUAGUGUGCUCGCUUCUGGCUCGUCGGGAAUGUCAUAUCAAACCAAUGCAGAGUCUACUGGCAGUUCGCCACCAUUGCCGUCCAGCAGCACCCUAGGGGUGCAGUCCAGCGAUAGCGGAUCUGGCAUAUCAUCAGCGAAUGCAGAGUACGGCCGACAGAAGUCGGCCCCAUUGGUGCCUCUCGCGGUCGGACUGUCGUUAGGGUCUGUAAUAGUGAUUGCGUUCGCGGGUUGCUUUUUUGUGCUGUUGCGACGAGCCUGUCCUCCUCGACAAACGCAUGACGGCGGGCACUACUUCACCGCUGCUCCGUCGUCCUCGGCAUCAGGACCAGGGGGUAAGACGGUCUCACAGGCGCCGGUACUGCACUUCUGCAAGGAGUACACGCUGGCAUGCCUGGCGGAGUGCACCGACAACUUCGCUGACAGUCACAGAGUCGUUAUCAACGGACACAUGAGCGGCGCCAUCGGCGAGGUUUACCGAGGCGCCAUCGCCGGGGAGGAGCUGGCUAUGAAGGUAUGGACGGGCAAUCUGGUGGAGGUCAAGCGGAAGCAGUUCCUUGACGAAGUGAACUCUCUCUGCAGGCUCCAUCAUGCCAACAUCGCCCAUCUCAUCGGCUAUUGCCAAGAAGGAAACCAGAGUAUCCUCGUGUACCCGUACUACAAAGGCGGAAGUCUGUACUCUCGUUUGCACACAAGGCCCAUCUCGAUGCCGCACAGCGGUAGUGGCAGUCUUCUUCCUCCUGCUCUGUCGCUGAUUGAGCGCAUGUGCAUUGGAUUCCAGAUCGCCAAGGCGGUGCACUACCUUCACGACGGGGUGCAACCUCCCUUUGUCCAUCGAGACAUAAAGAGCAGCAAUGUGCUUUUGACAGGUGAAGGGACGAGAGACGGCGAGGUGGAAGUCCGGGCCGUCCUUGCGGAUUGCGGAUGGGCGUCAAUCUGUGAGAACGUCUUCGGCGUAACCCAUGAGGAGAUAUCGAAGACGGCAACGUCAACUGGAACGUUUGGCUCCAUAGCCCCGGAGUACCUCUUGGCUGCGCAGUCGUCAGAGAAGAACGACGUCUAUUCCGUCGGUGUUAUCUUGCUGGAAAUGCUGACGGGGAAGAAAGCCGUUACGAUGGCGCCGACAGGGAUAGGAUGCCUGCCACUGGCAGAUUGGGUGCAUCUUAUCCUCAGAGAUAGAAAUCUGGAAGCCGAAGUGGAUGGCGACCUGCUUGACCUUGUUCUAGAUCCUCCCAUGAGGGAACAGGCGGAGGGAUCCGAGGCAGAACGUAUGGUUAUGAGAUUGCUCCUCUUGGCAAGCCGCUGCACCGACGACGAUGAAGCGGCCAGGCCUCCGAUCGCCUCGGAGGAGGAGGAGGAGGAGGAGGAGGAGGAGCAAGAUGAUGGUGAUCAUGAUGAUGACGACGAUGAUGAUGAUGAGGAGGAGGAGGAGGAGCAGGAGGAGGAGGAGGAGGAGGAGGAGGAUUGUAAGUAUAAGUGGAGAGGGCGAGAGAUGAUCGAUGCAGAUGCAGAUGCAGGAGCGGGAUGGGGAUCGGUACAGGUGCGCGCAGCAUAACCAGUCGAUCAAGUUGUUCAGAAACUGUCACAGUCUGACACGGCUUGGGAUGAAUGAGGAGGAGGAGGAGGAGGAGGAGGAGGAGGAGGAGGGAGGAGGAGGAAUAUACUAAUUAUUCGUUCUUCAGGAAUACAGUUGUGCAUCGUGGUGCACAUAAGAGUUGCCUUGCGCUCCGCAGUCCUCAACUGCUGUGUCUGAAGUCGAAGUCUGUGAUUUUUCUGUAUACUAUCACGCCUGAUUGCAUGUGAUGAUUGCAUUCCUCCCAACCUCAUUUCGCGGUCCACGAGGCCUUGAAUCUGCACGGUUGAAAUUCCAGAUGGCCUACACAAAGACUUCGCGUGCGCGUAAGAGAGAGGGAUUGCUGUUGGAAAACUGAAUGAGCGCGGCUGAGAAUAGGGGAAUAGACAAAGGCAUAGGAAGGGAAGACAAAGGCAUAGGAAAGGGAAAAGUUAGUGUGGAAGUGAGAUACAGAAACUAGAUACCGCCAGCCCUAGAGUUCGAUGAUGUGAUUCACUACCUGUGUUGCUUGUAGAAAGAUGGUGAAGUGCCGUGAUGGAGAGGGAUGAGGAGAUGGGACUAGGUGCACACACAUCGGGAGAGAGAGAGAGAGAGAGAGAGAGAGCGAGCGAGAGAGAGAGAGAGAGAGAGAGAGAGAGAGAGAGAGAGAGAGAGAGAGAGAGAGAGAGAGAGAGAGAGAGAGAGAGUGUUUCGCGAUGGCGUCUGAACUGGAGAGAGAGAGAGAGAGAGUGUUUCGCGAUGGCGUCUGAACUGUCGAGAGAGAGAGAGAGAGAGAGAGAGAGAGAGAGAGUUCUACGCGCUCUUUGCACGCUUUCUUUUUGUUUUUAAUAAUUCUCAGUUUUUCCCGUUUCCAUUUCCCGAAUGCGAACACCACCGCGAUAAGAUAUCGUUAUCAAUGUAUAUAAGGCUAUAGAGCCUAGACUCGAAAGGACAUGUCAAUAGUUAAGGCUGUCUACCAUCAACCUUGUUGGGGUAAGACGUACAUUGAGGAAGGUGCCAAUUUUAUUUUAUUUAGGAACGAAUCUAGGCCCCUGCCUGUUAUUGCCUCUUUCUCCUUUUUUUUUUUUUUUUUUUGCAAUCUUAUUUAUUUUAAUUUAUUGGUCCUCGUCCUUUCCUCUGGGUAUAUACCCAAGUCCAUUUCCGUCCUUGUUGUCAUAAUAAAAUAUAAAUCUCUCUCAGAAUAUAAAUACUUCUCAGAUUCUUGAGAUGGACAGCGCAAGGGUCUACAAGACUAUCCCUUCACCGCAACGAGUCUUUUUUUUUUUCCCCUUUUUUUUUCCCACUGCCACAAUUCUAUUCGUGAUAACAGUGCCCAAGGUCUUUGGUGGUGGUGGUGGAAUAUUUAUGUGGUAGAAUAUAAGUAUAUAUAUCGUCAAACAGAGCUGCCCGGUACACCGUAGGCAGAGAGGGAUAUAUCGUCAAACAGAGCUGCCAGUUCAACCGUAGGCAGAGUGGGAGGAGAGGACAACAUACAAGGGGCUGUGACAAACUGUUCCGUCGGAGUUUCACCGACUCAUCAGGAGGCUGAACCCUAUAUACAUAUAUAUAUCCACGUAGAGAAUACAUUAUGUACUAUGGAAGUCGUUGGAGUCCAUCGAAACUCUCUGCUUGUUCCGUACAUUCGUCCGGAUACCGUCGCCGGGAUGGACUAUGCUCACGUCACUCGUCAGCUGGUAGGAAAUCGACAGGGAGAGGUCUACCCAUUUGCGUUCGGGACGGCAUCAGCAUUCGGGACGGCAGCAUCUUUGCUAGCGAUGGCGGCAUCACCAUUCGUGCGGAGUCAGUUUCUUACACCACCUUUUUCUUGAACUGAACCUGUUUAUUUGCUUUCACACUGGUAUCCGGUUUUCAUUCUUUCUAGCUUUUGCAAUAAAUGGUGGUAAUCUUU